AUGAAGAAUAGUGAAACCCUUAUCGAACCGGAAAACGAGGCGCUUGACUGGAGGAGCUGUCGCUAUAUCGUCAUUGGGGAGAAGCACCGCGAGGAGGAGAUCGCUGCGGCUCAUCUUGCCUCUGCUGCUCUUCACUCGGCCGAACAUUGCCCAGAGGUGGAUUGGCCUGUGUGGUUCGACGACGCCUUGGCCACCGGUGCUCUUGCCGCGGCUGAAGCCAAAAAGGAUACGCUGUCCGGAAUCCUGAAAGAUUUGAUGGUUCGUCAAGCUUUUGCGGUGAAGAUGGCCCGAGCCCGAUGGGAGGAGGCGCGAGAUGCGACACUUGAAGCGCAUGAUCUACACUCGGAAAUGUCGGAGCGCACCGAGGAGGAUACACGGGAUUAUGCGGAUGUGUUCAAGAAGCUCACUGAACGAUACUACAAGAACAACGACAGCGAUCUGCUGGUUGUCCCGGUGCCGAAGACUGUAGCUUCCUCCCCGAUUCUCUGGAAGAACAUCGAGCAGGCCGACGACAAGCCGGAGCGUGCCGAUGAGCAGCCGGAGCGCGCCGAUGAGAAGAAGCCUGGGACCGCCGACGACGGGACCGCACACCUUCGAUGCUACGCAAUCUCUCCCGCUUUGCAGAUCUGCGAGAAUUCGACGACGGAAGGGAUGGCAAAGGCUAUCGGGCCGGAACGUGACGAGCUCGCCGGUGAAAGUGCCGCACAGGAUGAAGAGAGACCCGAUGCUGCCAACCCCAAUCAGGUCAACAACACGGAAGAGAAGGAUGCCACGAUGAAGUACACGUUCAAGCCGUUGCAAGCCGACUGUCACGAAGACACUCUGGAGCUGGACCCCGACUUCAACGAGAUGUAUCUUCCAAAGCCGAAGAUCCGCUUGGUGCAGGCGCCCGGCCCCGAGUCUUUGAUCGCCGGCCGCGACAAGUUGGGCAUCGUGGACCCCGGAGUUAUGGGCGGAAGGGAUGCUGAAGGAGAGGCCGGCCGACCGGUUGCUGAGUGCGUCGCCGAACCACCCGCUCGCGCCGAAGUUCCGCCCUCGCCACCCGCUGUCUCCAAUGAAGAUGCCCUCUCGGCUGAGCCGGAAGCCGCAAAAAGUUGCCUCAACGUCGGCACUAUCCCCACCAUCUCCAACACCAGCAAGUCCGACAAGUCGACCUCCUCGAAGAACGCGGACAAGGAAUCCCCCCACAACACCAACAAGUCCAACAAGUCGACCUCAUCGAAGAAGAAGAAGGACAAAGAAUCACCCGUCAAGUCGAUCUCCUCGAAGAAGACGAACAAAAAGUCGAUGAAGUCCGACGAGCCGAAGAGGACGGACAAGGGACAACCCAACAAGACGAAUAAGUCGGCCUCGUCGAUGAAGAUUGAAUGCACCGACAAGCCCGGCCAUCACCCGUGCAAAGCGAUCAACACCAGCCAUCCGGACAUCUGCACGCCGUACACGACGAUCAAGUCGAUCCGAGACGACGGACUGUGUACAUUGUAUUCAAAGGCCGAGCAGCAGGCAUGGGAGCAAGAGGGGAAAAAGAAGAAUGGAACCACGGAAAAAGCUCUCCCGACCGAAGACAAAGGCCACAUCCUCCUCAUCAUCAUCAUCGUCGUGUGCGGCUUGGUCGGCUGUUUGGUGCUGAUCAUCGUUGUCACACUCAUCUGCUGCAUGACGUGCUGCAGCAAGAAGAAGAAGAACAAGUCGACCUCCUCGAAGAAGCCGGACAACAAGGCAUCCCGAAAGUCUUCCAAAUCGUCCAAGUCGUCCAAAUCAAGUCACACCGGAAGUGAGAAUCCGAAGGUGUCGAAGAAGCCGAAGCCCCCACCCGUCAACCCGAACGAGGCGCACGACAACAUGUUCCAACAGACAAAGCAAUUCCCCGAGGAAGACGACAACGGCGGCGCCGAUCCGAUGAUGCGCGUC